UGACCUUUAGUACAUAAACAAAUCUGCUGGGUGAGAUUCGGCUUGAGGUCCUGGCAGCUUUUUACCUACUUAAGGAAAAGACUGACUUCUUGAGGCCACAGCUGCUGCUGUUACUGCUCGGACAGCAAAACCAGUGGACAUUUCAAACUGUUCUUGCCCUCUGCAGACUCCAGGCAGUACAGUAAGAGCUAGACCUGGGAUUGACCUGUGUAGAUACCUUGGCUGUUGGCUCCUGUUUGCUUCCCCCGACCCUUUUCUUUCCAGGGUUGGUCUAAAAAGCCCCUCCUGUGGAUCCUUCAGAAUUGGACAGGUUGUCACCUGAGCUGGGGAAACUUAAAAGGCUGUGUGUGUGAGGAGGGAUCUGUUGCCUUUCCUCCCUGCUCCUCCACGUGUCCAGGGGGCUAACGCUGGGCAGCUCCAGGCUCUCGCUGCUUUUUCCAGCACUGGAUAUGAUCUCAGGCUGCCGGCGCUCCGGUGCCCGGGGCAGCUCAUGAAGCGUUUUGGCAGCCUCAGGGGGAGCAAGAAACGCAAGGACCAGAACCGAAGUACAGCGAGGCGCCAGUCAGAACCCCAUGGCCUUUUCGCCUCCGGCCUUUCCUCUUCACCAUCCACUCCUACCCAAGUGAUCAAGCAGCACACUUUUCCUCUUGAAUCCUAUAAGAAUGAACCUGAGAGAUUAGAAGCUCGAAUUUAUGCCUCCUCUUCUCCCCCAGACACAGGCCAGAGGUUCUGCCUGCCCUCCUUCCAGAGUUCAGCCAAGCCUCCCUCUGCAGCAUCGGCUCCGUAUGCUACCUCCACGACAGCGGCUGUAGCAGCGGCCGCGGCGGCAGCAGCAGUUGCAGCAGCAGCAGCCCCAGGAACCGCUGAAGCCGGCAUGCUGGAGAAAUUAGAGUUAGAAGAGGAAGCAAUAGAAGAAUCUGAAAGUGAUAUUUACAUGCGAUUCAUGAAGUCCCACAAGUGUUACGACAUUGUUCCAACCAGCUCAAAGCUUGUUGUCUUUGACACUACAUUACAAGUUAAAAAGGCCUUUUUUGCCUUGGUAGCGAAUGGUGUUCGAGCAGCGCCACUGUGGGAGAGUAAGAAACAGAGUUUUGUAGGAAUGCUAACAAUUACAGAUUUCAUAAAUAUACUACAUAGAUAUUAUAAAUCUCCAAUGGUACAGAUUUAUGAAUUAGAAGAACAUAAGAUUGAAACGUGGAGGGAACUUUAUUUACAAGAAACAUUUAAGCCUUUAGUGAAUAUAUCCCCAGAUGCAAGCCUCUUCGAUGCUGUAUACUCAUUGAUCAAAAAUAAAAUCCACAGAUUGCCAGUUAUCGACCCUGUCAGUGGGAAUGCACUUUAUAUUCUUACCCACAAAAGAAUUCUCAAGUUUCUUCAGCUAUUUGUGUCUGAGAUGCCAAAGCCUGCCUUCAUGAAACAGAACCUAGAUGAACUUGGAAUAGGAACAUACCACAACAUUGCCUUUAUACAUCCAGACACUCCUAUCAUUAAAGCCUUGAAUAUAUUUGUAGAAAGACGGAUAUCAGCUUUGCCUGUUGUGGAUGAGUCAGGAAAAGUUGUAGAUAUUUAUUCCAAAUUUGAUGUAAUAAACCUUGCUGCUGAAAAAACAUAUAAUAAUCUAGAUAUCACAGUGACGCAAGCCCUUCAGCACCGUUCCCAAUAUUUUGAAGGUGUUGUGAAGUGCAGCAAGCUGGAAACACUGGAGACCAUCGUGGAUAGGAUAGUAAAAGCAGAGGUUCAUCGACUGGUGGUAGUAAAUGAAGCAGAUAGCAUUGUGGGUAUCAUCUCACUGUCAGACAUUCUACAAGCCCUGGUACUCACACCAGCAGGUGCCAAACAAAAGGAAAGUGAAGCAGAAUGACCACGGUGAACAGAGAAGCCUUCAGUGAAUGUAGGGGAACGUGAACAAAGUUUCUGGGUCAAGUUUUUGCCUCAUGAACACUGACUGCAAUAGAAGAGAGUAUUGGUUAUGAGAAUGUUGAUCAUGGUAGAGUGAUGGGUAAUGAGUCUUUAUUUUCCCCAGUGAUGUCUAACCCAAGCAUGACAAAGAGAGCUUGAUAGGUUUAAAGAUUGUCUUGUAUUAAAAAAAAUAUAUGCAUAUAUAUUUCCAGACCUUUUCUGAAAGAUUUAAUAUGCUGUCAUCCUUUAAAUUGUACUACGUCCUGAAAUUCUAUCAUUUUUUGCAAUUGAAAGAGCUGAUUGAUAGCUAAGAACAUGUAAAUGUGACAUAAGGUGAGUGUAUGGCAUAUUCCUAACCUAGUGCCUUAUGUCAGAAUACAGCAAUAUGUCAUCACUGUUGCCCAUCACUGUUGGAGAAAGUAUUUGUGUGAAGAGAAAACUGUGUUUGAAUGUGAAAGUCUUUGAACCUAUUACCAAAUCAGUUUAAGUUUUCAUUAGAUUUGUCAUAAAAGCUGUACUUUGAAUAUAAAUAGAUUUACUUUAAAACUUUAAUGAGUUUUGUGUUUAAAUGUUGCAUUCUGGACUAAAAUGUAAAACAAGACUGAUUUUAAAAACAGCUUUAUUUAUUUUUACUUUCAUGGCAAUUUUUUUACACAUCUUUUGGUGGAUAGUUAAAACUUCACCAUAUCCAUUAAUAAACUGUUGAUUGUUAUACAAAAAUAUGGCAGAUUUCUCGUUAUUUGUUUGGACCUGAAGAGAUAUGGCUUCCUGAAUAGCCUUUAUUAGACUUAAAAAGUUAACAGUUUCUAAAAGCAUGCAUUAAAACUUAUUACUCUGUACUGUAUUGUAAAUAGGCAGCAGUUAUUGAGGAAAUGAAGUGCCAGAGAAAUGUCUAUUUUUUUUCUUGUGUAUUGCAAUGUAAAAUCAUGAUGUUUGUAUGACUGCUGAUACAACUUUGUUUUUGUAAAUUUUAUUGUGGCAUAUACAGUAUUGUCAUACAGUUGCAAGGAAAGGAACAUUUCCUAAUGUAAAUGCUCUGAAAAUGUUGAGACUAUAUAAUUGUAGAUUUUCCUUUGCAGAUUGAAGAAAUUAAAACAAGUCCUACUAUAUUAUUUUGUUAGAGAAGUUCUUAAAAAUAAUCACAUAUUUCUGCAUGUAUUGAAUAAAAUUCUACAUGCCUUUUUUCACUCAAAUAUUUACCUCCAUUUAAAGCAGCAUUAGUCCUUUUGUCAUCACUCCCUCCAUCAAAAGAACCUUUUGUUGAUUCCUUAAUUCAUAGUUUCUUUACCUUCCCAUUAUAAAACAUGACUAUAUUUAAAAUUGCCAAGAAAAUUUUCUUGUAACAAGGUGCCAGUUUUUCUUUUCUUAGUAGAGCAAAUCUUCUAUUUGUGUCUCUGUUCUUGGUGUUUGUGUUUGUCUGUGUGCAUGUUUGCUCUCACCUACACAUUAAUGCUUUGGAAAAUAAUCAUAGCUGUUUAGGCUGAACACCAGUUGCAUCCCUUCUUCAACUCGUGCAUCCCAGAAUACCUGUGCUGCUCUUUGUGAAGAGUAACAUUUUUGUUUGUACAAUCUGGCAGAGGCUGUAUGGUCCAUCUUUCCUUCUAUGAGAAAUGGUAGAACUAUGGGGUUUUCUUUAAUUAGCUUCUUUUUUUUUUUUUUUUUGGAGAGGAAGAAGCAAGAAAGCUAGGAAGCUGACACUGAACAACAUAGUCUUGAAGCCUGGACAGUGCCUUAAUCCAGAUUUACUUCUGUGACAGCAUUACAGCAUCCCUCUCCCCCACCUCAUGCCCCGAAAGUGAUAUUACUCAGAGCCUAUAGUUCUUGUUUUUGAGGAAAGAAUGAAGAUGACUUCCCACUGUUGCUUAAGUAGGGAAGACUCUCCACAUCAGAAAAGAGAAGUUAGAGCCAUCUAAAAAGAAAUCUAUUAGCACCGACACUUUCCUUACCUUUCACUCGACCAUCACAGGCAGCAGAGGGCUUUUAGUUUCUCUAUGUUUAGUCAUUAGGUCUAGUAGUUAACAGAAUGUCAGGCUCAUGUAAAAGUAUAAUGAAGAUUUGCAGAAGUUAUUGAGAAUUGUUUUUAAAGUGAAGCAUCUUUUUUUUUUUUAACCAUUAAGGUCCAUAUGACAAAUAGCUACUAUUUUCUUUCUCCAGGAGAAGUAAUGAGGUGUGCCAUAUAAAUGGUAAGGACAAGGCAUUUUAUUCAUCUUGUUUACCUGUGCAUCUCUGGAAGUCAAAUGGGUGAGCCUGUAAAUACUUGUGCUGCCCCGCCCCCACCCCCGCCAUUGUUUUUAUUUGGGUUUAUGUACAGGCCUCUGUCCUUCACAUGGCUAAAAUUAUGUUUGCGUGUUACAAACGAUAGUUACUUCCACGUUUUAAUUUUUUAUUCUGUCAUCAUCACCUUUCUUAGGUGACUAGGACAGGGGUUCAUAACCUUUUUUUGUGUUGUAGGUCCUUUAGGCAUUCUCAUGAAACCUAUGGACCCCUUCUCAGAACCAUGUUUUUAAAUGCAUAAAAUAAUAUGUUUACAAAGGAAACCAAUUACAUUGAAAUUCAGUCAUUCAGAUUUUUUUAAACAAUUCUAUGGACCCCAGGCUAAAAGCCCCUGGGUCUAGGGUCUUAAAGUACAUGCUUUUGGAGACUUGUGCAAAACAAGUUACAUGUGUAUCAAAUACAUUAACAACUCCACAAAGCCAGCCUAGAGAGAGCAGUUGGAAGCCAAGUGGUGCAGUUUCCCAGUGAAACAGGGCUCUAGAGAGCAUCAUCCAAGUUCUUGUUACCUACCCACAAAGAUGAAACACUGAGUCAAAAACAAAAGUUCUCACCAUCACCUUUAGCCACAGAGCAUAAAGAAACAGGCAUGGAACCUAUGCUAAACAAAGAUCAGGUUACUCAUGUGUCUUCUUGCACCCAGUCCAACCUCUAAAAAUUAUUUUUCCUCUUCACCUCUCUGGGUCUCAGUUUUCCCAUCUUUAAAAUGAGGAAGUUGUACUAGAUAACCUCUUAUGUCUCUUCCUUCUAUAAAAGUCUGUGAAUCCUGUGAAUUAAUGUUGUAUUAAACUUCACUGAACUAGUUAUAGUUUUGAUAAUACACAUCAAAUCAAAAUGUUCUUAAAAUAACAUCACAGGGACACAUACAAACCAUGGCUUUCAGUACAAAGAUCACUAGGCAGUCUCUGGGGAAUGGCGUUGCACCCUAACUACUCAACUAAAAAAAUUCACUUCCCCUUGGAGGGAGAGAGCUAUCAGAGAGCCUCUAGAGGAAACGGAAUCAUUGUGGGAACAGGCCAGAGAUGAACUAUUUGGGUCCACAGGGCCCUAACCCCUUAUGUGCUUUCCUGUUCUCUAAGCACUUUCACAGGAUUCCUACCCUAUGCAUUUCUAUAGAGAGACAAAUCUUUCCCUCUAGUAUGGACACACUCUUAAGAGAAAAUUUCCAUCUGCAGCCAAGGCCUUUGGGAAAUAUCUGGAAAUUAGACAGCAAAUUCCACUCGACAAUAUUUUUGCCUUCACGGAGUACUAUAAAACAGACACAAAGAUUGUUCUUUUUCACAUGAGAUUACAUUGCAAGAGUUCAAUUUGCUAAUUUUUAAACAAAGUAGACUUGUACUUACAUAGCAUACUUUCAAAAAAUUCCCUUGAAGUUUUUUUCCUCUGCAUAGUAGUGAUAAGCAUAGUUCCCUUUGAUAAAGGAUGUUCAUACUUUCUUCUUGGUUAUGUCAUUUUUUUUCUUGCACAAAACAGUAUAUUAAAAUUUUUAUCUUUUGAUGGCCCCAUUAUUGUGAUAACUGCUUCAAAAUUAUGUUGUACAAAUAUUCACUAAUAAAGUGGAAUGAAUUAAAAUUACGAUAAAGCUUGUUUGGAUUAAUAAGUGUGAACAAAUGUAUUGAAUUGAACCCAAAGAAGGUAUCUAGGUUCCUAGAGGGAAGAUCUCAGUAGAUAGGAGGGGACUUCAGGAGGCUUUUAAAAGGUCUGACAUAAAUAGUAAAAAGGUUCUCCCUAGGUGCUACUGAGAAAAA